AUGCAGCUGGGCAAGAAGAAGCCUGGGAACGAGGAAGGAAAUCGCGUCAAUUUUAUGGUGAUGUUGAAGAAGGGAAACCGACAACAACUGCGUGAUCUCAAGGUUCCGAUCAGUUCCGAUCUUGCGGCGAACAUUCGCGAGAAGCAACAAGAGGAACAGGCCGAGCAGGAAGAAGUCAAGAGACUGGUGCUAGAUUAUAAUCAGAGGCAGGAAGAAGAGACGUAUAAUGGUAGGAAUUUUAAAGUGGCUCUGACACGAAAUAUGAUUGUGGGAGGAAUCGAACCUCGCGCUAUCCACCGGAUAGUGAUUUUUUCAAGCUUUGUUAAAUCAGUCGUUGAUUGGUAUAACUCGUAUUAAAGUUUAGUAUUUAUAAGUUAAAUGUUUUUUUUAGACUUCUUGUGUCGUCUAUAUCCGCAGUUUCACAGUUUUUCGAGCAUUUUACAAAGGUUGAAAAAAUCACUAUCCGGUGGAUAGCGCCUAUCCGACCUUCGUACAACCGGCCCCAGAAAGCUAGAAAGAGCGUCUUAGAAUUAUUAAAAUUGCAAAGAUUGGUUGCUAAAUGUUGUAAAAUGAACAAAAUAUAGCCCUGUGAAGUUUUGUAUAAAUUUGUAUAUAUUUGUAUUACGUGCGGUAAAAAUAACCACUUUCGGCUCAGAACCUAUUUGAGAACCUGUUUAGCCUAAUUUCCUGGUAAGCAUGGAAAAUCUAGGUUCUUAUAUGCGGGCUUUUACUGUAGCUUGACCUAUUGCUAUGGCUAGCUUUCGCCACUGGUCAGAGCAUUGCAUCGUGGCCACUGUAUGGUACUGCUACAUUAGAUUUUGGGUAUCUCUAUAUCUAAACAUGUUGUUCAUAUCUUCCUUCAGAGCUGAUGGCGAAACCCCGUCAAUCGUCGCCUGGCAACCGCUACCAUGGUCGCCGUGAGAACAAACCAAAACCGACGAGGUAUCGUGAAGCUGAGCAAGGAUUCUUUAUGAAUAAGUAAGUACAUGUAGGGUCUAUUUUAAGGCUCCCAUGAAAUAUUAGGGCUCAGAACGACCCCCUCUGCACACGUAAAAACGCACAAGUUGUUACAGGUCUGCAAACAAGUUGUUACAAAUCUUUUCACAAGCUGUCGACAAGUUGUGUUCGCACUGCUUGUUCCCAGUUGUUGUAGCAAGCUGUUAACAACUUGUAACAAGCUUGAUGGCAUUAUCAGACUUGUUGCAAGACUGUUCUAACACGUCUGAUACAGUCAUGAUAUAACAACAAGAAUGUUACAAGUUUGACGAUACUAGGUUGUAACAAUAAUGUUAUAUCAUGACUGUAUCGGACUUGUUGGAACGACCUUGCAACAAGUCUGAUAAUAUCAAUAAGGUUGUUACAAUUGUUAACAAGUUGUUCCAUACUUGUUGACAACUUGGGACAAGCAGUGCGAACACAACUUGUUAACGGUUUGUGGGCAGACUUGCUAUACACACGUAAAAUUCUCACAAGCUGUUAACAUCUUGUAACAACUUUGUUGAUAUUAUCAGACUUGUUGCAAGGUUGUUCCAACACGUCCAAUACAGUCAUAAUAUAACAAUAUUGUUACAACCUUGCGUCAUCAACCUUGUAACAUUCUUGCUAUAUUAUGAUUGUAACAGACUUGUUAGAACAGUCUUGUAACAAGUCUGAUCAUGUCAUCAAACUUGUUACAAGUUGUUAACAGCUUGUUACAAACUUGUUCCAACAACUGGGAACAAGCAGUGCGAACACAACUUGUCGACAGCUUGUGAACAGAUUUGUAACAACUUGUUUACAGACCUGUAACAACUUGUGCGUUUUUACGUGUGUACAAGAUACGAGAUGUUUGCGUGUGCAGUAUGAAUCGUGGUAAUAUUUUCAAAUCAUACAUCGUUGUCUUGUAUAGGAGACGCUAAAGAUUGUUGCCAAAGCGACGUAGAAAGCCUAUCGUAUGGUUUUCAGUCGGCCCUAGUGUCCCACGUGAAUGGCCUCAUCCUCCAAGUCGACCCGCGAGCCUUCCCAAGAGCUUCGUCUCUCGUUAUAACCUGGCAUUUGCCUUUACCCGCACAGCCUGUUUCAGGACCCGUGAAAUUGUUGUGCAUUUUUAAUGUUUGAUUAUUUUUGUGUCCAGUUGUAAAGUUAAGUUUUAAAAAUGUAGAUACCUCGUGGAUACCUAGGCCUAGCCAGGGGGGUUAUUUAUGGUGUGUGUGUGUGUGGAGGGUGACGGCGAAGAGAGAUGUUCUUCGUGGUAAAAUUUUUGCUGAUUCAACCAUUAAAAAGUAAAAAAAAUUACCCAACCUCAAAUGUCAAUUAAAAAAUGAAUACCCACAUCUGGCCAAAAACUUUACAAAAGGAUACCAUUAAGUUGUCACACAUAUCUUUUACCACUUCUGUGACAUGAGUUUGAUAACUACUUUUGCAAUUUUCUGCAGUCUAAAGUUUCAUGUUGUCUGCACAUGUACUUUCUUUGGAGACACCGUAUGCCUCCUGACAAAUUGGGAAAUGAUCAAGGUAGUGACUCUGAUUGAUUGAUUGAUUUACAUAUUGUAUUGACAUAUGACUGUUGACAUUGCUUUUUAGUCGUCAAUAUUUGAGUGAGUCAUGCUUUUGAAAUGACAAUAAUUUUUAUUACCCAACCCUUGAGUUGUUUUGUUUUUCAUUUACCCAACCUUUUACUUACUCAAAAUUUUGUUUACCCAACACUUUUCUCUUCGCCCCCGCCAUAAAUAAUGAUCUGUUCCUAAAGUACCUGUAUAUGAAAAGAAAAAUUGUCUAAAAAUACCAAUAUAUGUGAAACCCUGGCCGGGUUUUAUAGCCUAGUUUAUCGUUAGCCUGAGCCUUGAAUAAACGAUGUUUCUUGUGGAAGAAAUAGGUUAGAAUAUACAAUCAAUAAGGUAGCUCUACAUUUUAAAAUUUUUAAGUGUUUGUCGUUUCGAAUAUGCGUAUUUUUUGUCGUAAUAAAAAUUGUAAAACGUUGUUCUCUUUUGAGUUUUGUUGUGCUUACGAUGCGUCACCAAUCUUGCGGUAACAAUUUUCUCCGACAGCGAGAAAGUGCGCAAAACGUACAUAUCGGAAGACUUCGUUUCCGCAACAACAAAAAUAACAUUUUGGAAACAAAAUACCAGUAAGUUAACGUGCACCUGUCUUUGUCAAAAACUUUUAUUUUAUUUUAUUUUAAAUGACCCUCAAACAUUUCUUACAAAUCCUUCAGAAACAUGGACGUGUAUUUGCAAAAAAUCUUUUAAUUUUUUGGGAGGGGCACAGUAAGGAUCAAUAAGAGAUGAUCCUUACUGGAUCUCUAGGAAGAAUUGUUUAGGAUUGAUAGAGUUUUAGAAUUGUAUUAAAUUUGAUAAUAAAUUGCAAUAGAUUUCAAUUUGAAAAUAAAUUUCGAUUUAAAAAUAAAUUUAAAUUCGAAAAGCUUUGAAAAUAAAUUUCAAUAUAAUAAUUUAUGCUAAUUACGAAAUCUCGUAAAAAGUAGUAAAAGGCCAGGUCACUUGGCUAUUUGUUUACCUUUGAUUCCUUUGAAGAGUCACUUUACCAUUUUACGUAAAUGAAUUUAUCAAUAUUCUAGACUUAAAAUCUUCAUCUAUGUAGCUGGAAAAAAUAUGUGAAAGUGGCUGUGUUCUGGCUGCAAGGUAAAGAAAACAUCAACAUGAUGGAUUUCUAUAUUCAAGUGUAUUUUUGACACGGUAUAAAAGUUAAAAAUUAUGUUGCUUGUUCAUUUUGUAAUUGUGUAUGUUUGAUAUUCAUCAUCCCAAAUUUCCGCUGGUAAUUUGCAAGAAUUUGAGAAAAUAAAUUGUGUGUAUGAACUAAGUUGUCUCUUUAUGUUUUGAAAACAACUGUUUUUAAUAUUUUGAAACAGCUGUACAUUUUCUGGGGGGGGGUGGGGGGGGGGCAUUGUUUUGGCACAACUUGCUGGAUCGAUAACUGGAUACUGAUGGUACUUGGAAAAUAUGUCAAUAACAUUUUGUCAUAAAAUAUUCCAUUAUAAAAUAUUCCAAGCAUAAACGUCUAGGUUUGCAGACUACAUAUUAAUGUAGUACGUCAUUUUCCGCACUCAUUCUUUGCUCGGAAAGUAACUUUCUUAUCAAAGAAUGAGCGUGGGAAAUGAUUUCUGGGUUUACACAAUAUCAUUAAUGUUAACGUUGCGAAGGUCGUUUAAUACCUGAUGCACGCGAUGAGUUCGGCAUGCUUUCUCUUGGACGCUCGCUUUAACGUUGUCGAAAUCAAACAUGCUAGAUGUUCGUUUCUUUUUCUUAUUCGACAUAAUUUAUUAGUCAGAAACGCAUAAAAAAUUGUCUGCUUUACAUUGUAUACGAUAGCUCAGGUGCGUUUCCGGGAGGUGCGUUUCCGGGAGCUUUGUCGCGCACACUUUGGCAAUGGUUACGAUAGCACAACUGUAACAUUCCAUAUUUUAAAAAACCGUCCGCUUAUUGUAGGCAUCAUAUGUAUUUUAGGCAUCAUAUGAAAUAUCUGACAAAUUUUAACCAGAUACUGCCGUUGUCAUGUCUAUGUUUUGCUGGAUAUCAGUAUCCGGAUCUGGCACAUCCCCAGGGUUAGUACUGACAUCUCAGAAACAAACAAGGUGACCAGUACAUGUCACAGGUGUUGUGGUCACCAUGCUUGCCUUUCAAGUUGGGAGACCCGAGUUCAAUCCUUGGUUGGACCUCUACUCAAGGUCUUAAAAUAACUGAGGAGAAAGAGCUACCUUUACAUUGACAUCAGGAAAUGGUUAGAUUUCCACAUCUGCUCGGAUAAGGAUGUUAAAUUGUAGGUACCACAGUGAUCCCCUAUCAAUUGGGCAAUAGCCUGCAAUAAAGAAAAAAGUUUCAUUCAUUUAAUCUAGUUAUGAAGCAUUAACAAUGGGUUCAAGUGAAGUCCACGACUUUCCAUCUGAAGGUCACUCUACUGAAAUCCUGAGUUCUAUCAACACUUUGAGGAAGCGAAACCUACUAUGCGAUGCCAUCCUUUUUGUUGAAGAUCGCGACUUUCCCAUCCAUCGUGUCAUCCUGGCGGCAUGUAGCGACUACUUUGAAGCGAUGUUUACGAGCGGUAUGAGUGAGAGUUGUAAAGAGCAGAAGAAAAUUGAGAUUCAGGGUUUGUCAGCAGAUACAAUGGAAAUCCUCUUGGAUUUUAUUUAUACGGAGAAAGUUAAAGUUAGUGUUGAAAAUGUGCAGGCAUUACUGCCGGCAGCGUGUUUACUACAGUUAAAUGGUAAUUAAUUAGGGAUUAGUUUUUUUAUUUAUAGAAGGAUUUAACCCAUUGAGUGGCAGCACUCUCCCGUUGACUAGCAAUAUCGUCUGGCAUUAGACAGAUCGAGUAAAAUAAUAAAUUAGGGUACAUCAGGGUGCAUGUAACUUAAUGAGAAUUAAGUGUACAUUUACAGUAUUAUCAAUGUUGUGGUGGUAUUAUACUCCCAUGCACAAGACUCUCUGCCUAACAAAUUAAAUUGUCUGGCAUUAGACAGAGUAAAAUAAUAAAGUUGGCCGAGCAUUUGGGCUCAAUUAGGAGUUUAAUGCGUUAAUACAAGAUUUUAUGUUUGUAUUACAAUAUAACCAUUUGCACAUGACACAUUUUUCUUGACAAAACUACAAUUGUCUGCUAUUUAAGCCCAUUUUCCACAAGGCGAAUUUGUUUGUGUGAAUCAACUUUUUCAAGGGAAAAAUUUGCUUCACACGAAAAAAUUUGUCUGGUGGAAAACAUGCAUGCUUAGUAGACCCUUAGAAAAGCAUUAACUAAAGAAAGUCCAAUAUUUGGCAAAGUCUCUGCCUUCCUUUAGAAUGAGAAUUAAGAGUCACUACAUCAAGUGAACUGCAGCCCAUUGUAUCUUAUUUUGUUUAAUUAACUCCUAGGAGCAAAGAAGGCGUGUUCUGAGUUUUUGAGAAAUCAACUAGAUCCCGCCAAUUGUCUUGGCGUGAAGAGCUUUGCAGAGACACAUCACUGCGGGUCACUGCAACAAGCUGCAGAGAAAUUUAUACACAAACAUUUUGUUGAUGUAAUACAGUGUGAGGAAUUCCUACAACUUGAGUGUAACGAAGUUAAAGAAUUGAUUCAGAAUGACAAUAUUACGGUAUGGCAUUUGUGUAGUGAUUGUGGUGUAUUAUAUGGUGAAAUUAUUUGCGAUGAUAUGUUACUCCACACUGCAUGGUCAAGCUGAAAGGUUUCUGGGAAGUUGAUUUCCCAAAGAGGCAAGCCAAAGGUCCAAAAAAAUCCAAUUAGAAUCCCAAUUGGAAUUUGAACCAAUUUCCAGUUGGAAUGAGCUUUUCUGUCCAAAGUUCAGUGGAUUCCAAUAACAAAAUCUUAAUUCCAAUUGGAAUUUUGGCCAAUUUCCAAUAGAAAUUCAUAUAAUUGGAAUUCCAAGGCAUCAUUUAAUAAUCUGUUGGAUUGCUUCAGAAAAGAUCCACACUUCCUUCGAGGAGGAAAUUUCUGCCGUCCAGAGGGGCAGGGCAGAAAAAUUUGUUUCAGACAAUUAGGACAUCUGUAAGGGGUGGGGGAGGGGGGUUAACAUCCAAUUUCCUCUGUAGGAGAGGAACUUCCAAUUUCCUCUGUGGGAGAGGUAUGGAUGAUUUAUUGCUUUCUGGUGGAAUGAUCCAUUGCUCAGAGCCUCAUUCAGUGUUUGUUGCUCUUUUGCAUAACAUUGAAGUGUUUUUAACUAGUUGUUUUUUCCCAAGGUACCUUCAGAGGAAGUGGUUUUCGAAGCAGUUAUGAUGUGGAUUAAACACAAUACAGAAGAUCGUAAAGAAUAUUUACCAAGCUUGCUUGAGAAUGUCCGACUGUCUUUGCUUACGCCACUUUAUCUCACUGAUGUCAUUGAUAACGAGGUAUGUAUUAACACAGGGAAAAAAUUGAACUCUCCAUUAAUGAGUUUUUGAAUUUAAAAACUAAACUCUUGCUAUUAAUAGAAUUGAACCUGCAGCCCUGAGAUUCAGAUGCAGCGCUCUUACCAACCGCUCUUACCUAGGUUCUGAUCCACCGAAGUUUCGCAUGCCGAGAUUUGGUAGAUGAAGCGAAGAAGUACCACCUCAGACCGGAGUGUCGCAUGGAGAUGCAGAACGAGCGAACACGCGCUAGGUUAGGCACGGAUCAAGUGUUGUAUAUCUUGGGAGGGUUUGGAGAUGCCCAAACACCUGUCGAUGUUGUGGAGAGAUUUGAUUCCAGGACAAACCAGAGCACUUUUGUUCAGGUAAGUAGGGAGGGGUGGGUGGGAGGAUGAUCUGGUAUAACCCUGCAAGUUAUGUAACAUACAUACAUCAUGCUCACUCCCCAUCGGGACCUUUCAGUGAACGAUUAUAUCACGUAAAAACGCACAAUUUGUAACAAACCUGCAGCAGACUUGUAGCAAUGCUGUUUCAACAACUUGUCAACAGGAUGUGUUUGCAUUGCUUGUUAAUUCCCAGCUUGGUGACAAGUUGCUACAGGAUUGUUGAGCUCAACAGAUUUGUUACAAGUUGUUCCAACAAAAUGUUAUUGUGCUGCAAUUCAACAAUUUGUCAACAAGUUGUGAGUGACAACCUUGUAGCAAUUUGAUGAAAUAACAGCAUUGUUAAUUACAAAUUACAAUUUGUUGACAAGCUUGCCACAAGCCUGUUACGAACACAUCUUGUUGACAAGUUGUGCUAUUUUUACGUGUGUAUACAGCCUGUGAAAAACAUUCAAAACGCUUUCACCUUCCUGACCAGGAUUUAAUUCCUGCAAAAUGCGAGAAGAGUGUUUCAAGUUUCUUAGAUUCUUGCACUUCACUUGGUGGAAUUAAUAUUAGAAUGUUAGGGUUUAUAAUCCAAGUGAGAAUAUAUACAUUUUAAGACCUAACCAGGAACGACUGCGAAAAAUGCAGCACAAGGUCCUCUGGUAGGAAUUGAACCUACGGCCCUGCGAUUCCGGUGCAGCGCUCUAACCAACUGAGCUACAGAGGCCAGCUGUUGAGCUGUAGCCGUAAGUUCAUGUAUAUAUAGGUAAUCGGGUGUGCGGGUUGUGAUAAGGUGGACUUCAAUGACUUAGGCAAUGAAAAAGAAGCGAAGAUAUUUAUGCUGUGUGGCCCUGGGCUCUAAGCUGUAUGCUAUUGGUGGAUAUGAUGGCGCAGGGAGACUGAACUCUGUUGAAUGUUAUGACGUCAUCACGCAAGAAUGGACACCGUCUGCAUCGAUGAUCCACCGUAGGGGUCUGGCUGGCGCCGCUGUUUUGAAUGGUAUGACAAUAAUUAGUUAUGGAAUGCGUCUCAGACAAUCUCACAACUUGUCAAGAAGAUGUGUUCGCAACAGGCUUGUAGCAAGCAUGUCAACAAGUUGUGACAGUGAUGUUAUUUUAUCAAGUUGCUACAAGGUUGUCACUCACAACUUGGUUGAACUGCAGGACCAUAACAAGUUGUUGGAACAACUUGUAACAAGUCUGUUGAGCUCAACGACCUUGUAGCAAGUUGUCAACAAGCUGGGAACAAGCAGUGCGAACACAUCCUGUUGACAAGUUGUUGGAACAGCAUUGCUACAAGUCUGCUGCGGGUUUGUUGCAAACCGUUCAGCUGAACAAAUAUACCAUAAUGUAGAACAAUAUUUUUUUCUAGGUAAAAUUUACGUUGCUGGAGGUUCCGACGGCGCACUUCGUCACACAGCCGUUGAAUGUUAUGAUCCCACCAUUGACAGAUGGACGAUAGUAGGCGAGACGAAUACCGGUCGUGAAGGAGCCGGACUUGACAAAAUGGACGAAACAUUAUACUGCCUCGGAGGGUAUGAUGGGAAUGCUAUCUUGAAUACUGUCGAGCGUUUUGACCCAAGGACUGGUGACUGGUCACCAGUCGCUUCAAUGAAGGCACCGCGCUCAGGUAAGCAUCGAUUUUGAAUCUGCACUGAGCACUGAUAUUGACCUCAGAUAGAAAUAAAACUCCGUCUUCGAACUUUCUCACACUGUACCAUACAGAGUGCUACAAAUGACAAAUCGUCAUGCGUAAAAGAAGUUUUGUAGGCCAAAAUAUUAGCGGAGUAGAAUUUCAUGGAAAAUUAAAAGUUUUCUUGUCAGUCAGAUUUUGUAGGUCAAAAUUUAAAUUUGUAAGUCAAAAGUAGCAUGUCGUUUUGCCGUCUUGAUGUCAUGCGAGACUCUUGUUCAUCAAUGUUUACUACUCUCUUCAGGAGAGCAACCAUUAAUUCUCGAUCUUGAACAUUCUUCAGGUGCAGGUGUUGCUGGUCUUGACAGUCAACUGUACGCAAUAGGUGGGUAUGAUGGUACACAACAUCUUAACUCAACUGAGUGUUACAGUGCAUGCGCUGAUCGCUGGAUGACUUUGAAGGGCAUGAAUUGUAAACGCUGUUAUGUCGGUAAGUGUGUUCUUCUUUUAACUGGGUGGCAGUUCGGAUUCUUAGUAUCCGCUAUCUGUUACUCUCCUUCUCAGCAAUGUCUACCAUCCCACAUAUUUUGAUCUCUUCAUGUCCAUUGUCCCUGACCAGUUCUCCUUCAUCUUUUCUUAUUACGUGUCCACACCAUCUCAACCUUGGUUCCUUCACCUUCUCAGCAAUGUCUACCACUCCACAUCUUCUUCUGAUCUCUUCAUUCCACAUUGCCUCUGACCAGCUCUCCUUCCGUCUCGUCUUAUUACAUGUCCACACCAUAUCAACCUUGCUUCCCUCACUUCUCAGCAAUGUCUACCACCCCACAUGUUCUUCUGAUCUCUUCAUUCCACUGUGUCUCUGACCAGCUCUCCUUCAUCUUUUCUUAUUACGUGUCCAUACCAUCUCAACCUUGGUUCCUUCACCUUCUCAGCAAUGUCUACCACCCCACAUGUUUUUCUGAUCUUUUCAUUCCACUAUGUCUCUGACCAGCUCUCCUUCAUCUCUUCUUAUUACUUGUCCACACCAUCUCAACCUUGCUUCCCUCACUUCUCAGCAAUGUCUACCACCCCACAUGUUUUUCUGAUCUCUUCAUUCCACUAUGUCUCUGGCCAGCUCUCCUUCAUCUCUUCUUAUUACAUGUCCAUAUCAUCUCAACCUUGCUGUUGUUUGCCUUGUUUCGCUCAGCUUCUGAAAGUUUCAUUCCGUAUCGGAUAGGUGCUUUUUCGCGCCUCUACAGAAAGCUAUCCUGUAAAAGGCCUUUAGGAAAAUUUUCUGCAGAAAGAAAAUUUUGUAAAAUGUGAUUGGCCGACAUAAGUUUUCCGUUGGAAAAACAUUUUGAAGUUGAAAAUUUUCAACUUUUAACAAUGAUAUUUUCGGAAAAUUUUCUGUCCGUGAAAAUUCUUCUCGAGUGGAAUAUCUGAAUGUGAAUUUUUAUUCCAUUAGGUACUGCAGUAUUUUGUGGUCAGCUGCAUGCCGUAGGAGGAUACGAUGGCUCGAGGUUACUUGACACGGUCGAAAAAUAUAAUAGUAUGCUCGGAGACUGGGAACUACUUGAUUCAAAACUUCAGCUUAGUCGCUGUGACAUGGGAGUCGCCGUUGUUACAGAAACGUAA